AUGAGGAAUGCUCAUAAUGGCCUCUUUGGCAACUGGCUGAACAUCCUUGUUGAUACUGGAAGCAGCAACUUUGCUGUAGCAUCAGCAGCACAUCCCUUCAUAACACACUACUUUAACAGAGACCUAUCCAGCACAUAUGAAAGCACUGGGAGGUCUGUUGCUGUUAAAUACACACAGGGGGAAUGGGAGGGGGAAUUGGGAACCGACCUGAUCACCAUUCCUGAAGGACCCAGUGGCACCAUCAUCAUCAACAUAGCUGCAAUCCUCGCCUCAGAAGACUUCUUCUUGCCAGGGAUCAAUUGGCAGGGAAUUCUGGGACUUGCGUAUCCUCCUCUUGCUCGGCCCGACCCCUCAGUUGAGCCCUUCUUCAACUCUGUUGUGCUUCAGACUGGCAUUCCAGAUGUGUUUUCUCUUCAGAUGUGUGGAGCAGGAAUCCCUGCCAGCAAUACAGCAGCUGACCCAGCCGGCGGCAGCCUGAUCAUGGGAGGGGUUGAGCCAACCCUGCACCGGGGUUCAGUUUGGUACACCCGUGUCAUAGAGGAGUGGUACUACCAAGUGGAAGUUUUGAAGCUGGAAAUUAAUGACCAAAACUUAAAUCUAGACUGCAAAGAGUACAACUCGGAUAAAGCUAUUGUAGAUAGUGGGACGACUCUACUUCGACUGCCUGAAAAUGUUUUUAGUGCUGUGGUGGAGGCCAUUAUGAAAGCAUCAAUGAUUGAGAACUUCUCAACUGGAUUCUUUGAUGGUACCAAGCUGGCAUGCUGGGCAAAAGGAGAAUCACCAUGGAGAUUUUUUCCUAAAAUCUCAAUCUACCUCAGAGCAAUGAACACCAGCCAGUCCUUUCGCAUCACCAUUCUCCCACAGCUGUACGUGCAGCCAGUCACAGAUAUCGGUGGUACAUUGGACUGUUUCCGUUUCGGGAUCUCCCCUUCAACCAACGGCUUGGUCAUUGGAGCCACUGUGAUGGAGGGUUUUUACGUCAUCUUUGAUCGCGAACAAAAGAGAGUGGGCUUUGCUGUUAGCACCUGUGCAGAAAACAGCGGUGUACCACUGUCUGAGAUCGCUGGGCCUUUCCUGGCUGAGAGCGUGACGUCAGACUGCACAAGUGGUGUGUCUAUCAGAGAGCCGGUGAUGUGGGUGUUAGCGUAUACUCUGAUGGGAACAUGUGCCCUGGUGCUGGUCAUACUAAUCAUACUGCUUAUAGUACCCUGUCGAGGGCACAGAGAUGGCGAAAUCACGGACGAGUCGUCGCUUGUGCGCCAUCGCAUCAAGUGACGUCAGGAGUCUGAAGAGACCUUAGGAAAAAUACCAGUGGUAAAUAUACUGCACUGAAGCCUGGAGGAGAUCACAAAUGCCUGAUUUGGAAAUCAGAUUAUUAUUUGAUUUAGACUUUUUAGAAAGGACAAGAACUGAACUACUGAAAGAUGAAGAAAUCAGGAGUAUGCAUUUCACCUAAUCGUUUUCUCUUUUAAAAAAAUAUUACAUUGAAAUAUAAACAAA